AUGGAGGAAGAGGAUCCAGAUGAAAUAUCAAGCGAACAGUGGCAAAACAACAGUCUGUUGCUUCUGUUGCUAAAAGUCUUAAAGUUGUUUUUACAGGAUGCGUGUUGGGUAGUGAUCAGUGCAUACUUUGAAGAAAAGGGUCUUGUACGUCAGCAGCUUGAUUCAUUUGAUGAAUUCAUCCAAAUGAAUGUGCAAUCAAUUGUGGAGGAUGCUCCUACUGUGGAACUGCAAGCGGAAAUGCAGCACUUUUUUGGAGACAUAGAAAACCCAACAAAGUUUUUGCUAAAAUUUGGACAGAUCUAUUUGUCGAAGCCAACGCAUUGGGAGAAGGAUGGAACACCAACGCCAAUGAUGCCUAAUGAGGUAAGACGAGGCUUUUUAGCUUUCAUUAUCACUCAUUAUUUCCUUCAUUCUUUUUAG